GUGAUUAUUUGUGCUUAAAGGAUGACCGUGUGUCCAAUGCGCACGUUCCAAUGGCCCUGUUGCACUUUGGCAGCACACGGGGGGGGUUGGCAUGACGCCUGUGCCGUCAGCUGCCCGGUAGAGGCAGCCCCUCGGCCUACUAUUGAAGAGUUUCUGCAUUGUUGCCAUUCCCGCUGGGGGGUUGUUGAUAGCGGCACUGGAAGGAGUUAGCGUUGUCAACAUUAGCCGUCCGUGGAUGACUUAAUCACUCGUCAAGAUGUCAGGGGGAAUUCUCAGCAAUGUGGACAGCCUGUGUAGUGUGGACUGUGCCAACCUGCACCCCUUGGUGUGCCACCUGUGCCACGAGCAGUACCAGUCCCCGUGUCUGCUGGACUGCUACCACAUCUUCUGCGCCCGCUGCUUACUGGGUCGGACCAAUGACAGCCGCCUCAGCUGCCCCCUCUGCGGAUACCCAUCCAUCAUUAAAGCAAACAAUGGCUUGCCGCCAGAGGACCGUCUGCUGAAGUUUCUGGUGGACAACAACGCGGACACAGAAGAGCCGGUGCAGUGUGCCAACUGUGACCAGGAGAGCAACACAAAGGACACAGGUGUGAUGUUCUACUGCAACACCUGUAGCCAGCCUCUGUGCUGCGCCUGCAGGGAGCUCACACACAAGGCCCGAAUGUUCUCCCACCACGACAUCGUCUCGCUGGCCAAACGCACUAAAGCCAAACACAGGAAGUGCGCUCUUCACGAGGAGCCCUACAUUCUCUUCUCCACCGAGAACAAGUCCAUGCUUUGCAUCAAGUGCUUCCGAGACAUGCAAGUGGAGAGUCGCACUCACUGCAUCGACAUCGAGACGGCCUACGUGCAAGGGUGUGAGAUGUUGGACCAAGCCGUGCUGGUGGUGAAGGAGCUGCAAACGUCCACUCGGGAGGCCAUCUUUCUGCUCAGGUCCAUGAUAGGAGAAGUGUGUUUGAACGUGGAGGAGGAGGAGAGUGCCAUCUGCUGUCUGUUCAACAGUCUGCAGGAAAAACUGGCUGAGAGGAAGAGGAUUCUGUUGAAAGCCGCACAGAGCCAACACGAGGAGAAGGAGAAAGCACUGAAGGAGCAGCUGUCACACCUCACAUCCCUCCUGCCAACACUCCAGGUUCACCUGGUCACCUGCUCCGCCUUCCUCAGCUCCGCCAACAUGUUUGAGUUUUUGGACAUGGGCUACCAACUGAUGGAGCGACUGAAGAGGAUCGUCAAGCUUCCUCAUCGCCUUCGACCGGUGCAAAGCAGCAAAAUCAACACGGACUACCGCAGCGAGUUUGCCCGGUGCCUGGAGUCUUUGCUGCUGAUUGGCCCGCGCUGCGCCCCUUCCGUCACCUCCAGCGUCGCCACAAGGCUGCAGUCGCCUCUCUCCAUGUCUUGCCGCUCCCUGUCUCUCAGUGAGGCGCCGCUGGGCUCGGUGUUCGGGCGGAGGCCGACGUCUCACCGCAACAUCUGCACCAAGGUCCUGCUGGCUGAGGGCCGGGAGACGCCCUUCACCAAGCACUGUAACAACUACGAGAACAGCUACAGGACUCUGCAGACAGAAAUACAGACCCUGAAGGACCAGGUCCAGGAGCUGCACAGAGAUCUGACCAAGCAUCACUCCAUUAUCAACACGGACCAAAUGGGCGAGGUCCUGGACCGAUCGCUGCACAUCGACAGCCGGAUAGCUUCCCAGUACUCCACGGUGGAGACCAUGAGGGCCAUGUUUGAAGAGAUCUGGGAGGAGACUUUUCAGAGGGUCACCAAUGAGCAGGAGAUCUAUGAAGCUCAGCUUCACGAUCUGAUGCAGCUGAAGCAGGAGAACUCCUACCUGACCACCAUCGCCAGGCAGAUCAGCCCUUACAUCCUGUCCAUCGCUAAGGUCAAGGAGAGACUGGAGCCCAGGCUCCAGGAGCCCAAAGAGCACUGCGACGACCGCACAGAAACAAUGUUGAAGAUUUACGAAGACAGCACAAUGGCAGCAGAAAGACAAGACAGCGGCAAGCAGACAUGUGUGACCGACCAAGACAGAGACAAGAACACCCACCCUCUCAUGCUCUAGCCCCGCCCACAUCACCAAAAAACAACAACCUGUGGUCUGAUUUCCCCGCCCCAUGUCGGCGUGUGACCCGGUCAUGUAGGCAGAACCUCUAGGUGACCGAGCAGUGGGGGGGGGGGGGGGAGCUAAGUGGACGUGUCACGACCUCAUGUGGACCCGCCUCAUCGUCCCCGUGAAGAGGCGUCGCUCUUCAAGGCCAACAAGGUAACAACAUGGAGGCCAUGGCCUCUUUCACGCUGCAACAUAGCAGAAGUCAAAGCCAGUAUUUCCAAAGUACUGUAGUUUGGAUCAGGUUCCAAAGUAGGGACUGGGUCUUACAGCAUGGGAAUAGCAUCUUUACGUUGGGCUGAAUGCAAGAGCGUGUCCUAAAGUUGUGUUUUUUUCUUUGACAAGUUCCAAAUAUGUUGCAAACGAGCGCCAUCAAUAAAUAUCGCAAUCGCUGUCAUUAACGCUUUAGUUAAAAAAAAAAAGAUUUAAUGGAGAUUUGUUUCAUUUUAGCGUAGAAGCAAAGCCAAGGGUUAGUAAGCCAAUAAGAGGCGCGGUGAGACCAUCAAACAUGACUUUUAACGCCAUCACCAGGUGCAUUUUCGCACUGGUAAGUUUGAAUCAAAGCCUGUUUUAUUCUGUUGCACACGUAGCAUUUAGUAGGAUGUUAGUGUUAGCUAAGCUAAGAUAGCUGCGGGUUACGAACAACGUACAGUAUUUGGGGGAAAAGCAAUACCCUUAUUCAUGGAUCAAUAACUGAGAAGACUUUAAAUUAUUUUAUUUUUACAUCAUUUGACACAACUAAGGUAAACAUUUCUUUCCCCUGGAUGACUUUCCAUCAAUAAAAUUGCAUUUGUGUCCAAAUAUUGGACCGUUGUGUUUAAGUAUACUUAAAAUGAUGCAAUCCAGUAGUAACCUGUGAUUAAUCAUGAUUAAUCCAAAUUGUGUGAUCAUUUUAGAUUUUUUUCCCAAAUCAUUUGACACCAAUAAGGUUUAUAUUAAAAAAUUUUUACUGGAUGACAUUCUCACAAUAAAAUUGCAUUUGUGUCCAAAUAUUAGGAUCUUUUUUUAAGUUGAUUUAAAUUAUGCAAGUGAGUAAUAAUCUGUGAUUAAUCACGAUUAAAAGUGUGAUAAUUCAGAUUUAAAACAAUUUUUGACAACAUUAAAUUAAACAUUGUUCUUUUCACCUGAUUGACCAAAAAUUGGACCCUUGUGUUUAAUUUAAGUAUGUUUAAAUUAUGCAAUCGAGGAAUAACCUGUGAUUAAUCAUGAUUAAUCCAAAUUCAAAUGUGUAAUAAAUUUUUUUUUUUUUUUUUUAAAUCAUUAAAUUUAGAAUUAAAACAUUUUUCCUAGAUGACUUUCUGACAAUAACAUUUUAUUUAUGUCCAAACAUUGUGGUCUUUUCUAAAGUUAAUUUGAAUCAAGCAAGUGAUUAAAAACCUGUGAUGAAUCGCGACUAUUUCCUAUUUAAAAUGUGUGAUUAAUCUGAUUAAAAAUAUAUAUUUGCCAU